UAGCUACUAGCUAGGCUACGUCACAGUCUUGAUUUGGGGCGAGGGCUUGCAGGAGAUUGAAUAGUGGCAGAGACGCUGUGAAUAUUGACGUUUUUUUAAACCACACAACCAAAGUAUAUUACAAUACAGAACGGUUUCACGCAUAUUUGUGAGGAUAUAUCACCGGAAGAAGAUGGGUAGCUGCCUUACAGUUGGACCAAAUGAAGCCGUGGUUGUUUCUGGUGCCUGUUGUGGCUCAGAUGAGAAGACCUACAUGGUGGGGGGCUGGGCCUGGGCCUGGUGGCUCAUCACUGACAUUCAAAGGAUUACACUGGAGAUUAUGACACUCCAACCUAAGUGUGAGGAUGUUGAGACUGCUGAAGGGGUCGCCAUCACUGUCACUGGGGUGGCACAGAUCAAAGUGAUGACAGAUCAUGAUCUUUUGGCAAUUGCUUGCGAGCAGUUUUUGGGCAAAUCCGUCCCUGAAAUCAAAGGAGUGGUUUUGCAAACCUUGGAGGGACAUUUACGCUCAAUUCUAGGCACACUGACAGUGGAGCAAAUCUACCAGGACAGGGACAAGUUUGCCCAGCUGGUAAGGGAGGUGGCAGCUCCCGACGUGGGCAGGAUGGGCAUCGAGAUCCUCAGCUUCACUAUCAAGGAUGUCUAUGAUAAACUGGACUACCUGAGCUCCCUGGGGAAAACUCAGACAGCAGCAGUUCAGAGGGAUGCAGACAUCGGUGUGGCAGAGGCAGAAAGGGAUGCUGGGAUAAGAGAAGCAGAGUGCAAGAAGGAGAUGAUGGAUGUCAAGUUCCUGGCCGACACCAAGAUGGCCGACUCCAAACGAAAACUUGAACUGCAGAAGGCUGCUUUCAACCAAGAAGUCAACACCAAGAAAGCGGAAGCUCAGCUGGCCUAUGAGCUGCAGGCAGCUAAAGAACAGCAGAAGAUCAGGCUGGAGGAGAUAGAGAUUGAGGUGGUUCAGAGGAAGAAGCAGAUCACCAUUGAGGAGAAGGAGAUUGUCCGCACAGAGAAGGAGCUCAUCGCCAUGGUGAAGAGGCCUGCCGAGGCAGAGGCAUACAAGAUGCAGCAGCUGGCUGAGGGACAGAAGAUGAAGAAGGUUCUGAUGGCCCAGGCGGAGGCAGAGAAGAUCCGGAGGAUAGGCGAGGCAGAGGCCUGCUCCAUAGAGGCUAUAGGGAAGGCUGAGGCUGAGAAGAUGAGGCUGAAGGCUGAGGCCUACCAGCAGUAUGGAGAGGCAGCCAAGACUGCUCUGGUCCUGGAGGCCCUACCCAAGAUUGCAGCCAAGGUGGCGGCACCGCUGGCCAGGACCAAUGAGAUAGUCAUCCUGAGCGGGAAGGGCAACCGUGUGACUGGGGAAGUGAAUCGCCUCCUGGCUGAACUUCCAGUGUCCGUCAACGCCCUCACUGGAAUUGACCUAUCAAAGAUCCCACUACUGCAGAAGAUGAGCUAUGCUCAGGCCUGAAAACAAUCUCUCCCUUCUACUCCAAUAUCUGUUUUAUGCACUCCCAUAGACUGCCUUCAAUACACUUGAAAUUAUAUAUAUAUACACACACACACACACAGUGGGGAGAACAAGUAUUUGAUACACUGCCGAUUUUGCAGGUUUUCCUACUUACAAAGCAUGUAGAGGUCUGUAAUUUUUAU